UUUCUCUCUCCCUCUCUCUCUCUCUCUCAUUACUCACUCUCUGCUUCUCUAUCAAGUCCCGAAGCCUCUUAAGCCUCGAAUUCUCUCAUCAGCUUCUGAGAAAAGGGAGAGAGAGAAGAGAGAUAAGUCGUAGUAGUGGUAGCAUAUCAGAGAAGAAGCUAGCUAGCUAGCUAAUUAAGCCCUGGUUGGCUAACUAGCAAACCUAGGCAACAGGACCCACAUAACCAGACGAUCCCGGACACUGAAACCCAUCUGAAAAAGCCUGGAAAUGACUCCUUCUUAGGAAUUUUUUUCUCGGGAUUCCGUCCCAUACUAUAAUAUCAUAACUUCUUUUCUCUUAUAUAAAUUAAAUCCCUGAUGUCACAGUGAAAUCUAUACGAUACACAUACACAUGGCUACCAUUUAUACUUGCCCGAGCCAUGAAGCUAGCUAGCUUGUUUGAUGAAGGCUAUCAUUUCUUUCUGUUGCCUCUGGUCGUUUCUAAGUGCUCAUUUCCUUAGAGAGAAGGCCAGUUUUUUUUUGGAUGAUAUUAUAUAUAUUAUAUAUAUCCUGACAGUUAUUGCAUUCCAUUAAAAAUAGUCCUCUUUUUUUGUUUAUUUAUUGUUUUUUAUUUACUAGGCGCGUGAGAAAUAAUUGAGGGAAUUUCCAGGCUUUCUUUUUUUUUUUGGGCCGUUGUACGAAGUCUAAUUUGGCUGUAUUUAUAUGUUGUUGCAUUGACCCACACUAGUUCUCCUUCUCACACAGAAAGAAAGAGUGGAGAGAGAGAGAGAGAGAAAUAUCAAUGAUCAUCAUAGCUUGAGGGUCAUCAUCACCCAUCUGAUCUUCUACUUGUGAACAGAUAUAACUCAUCUUUUUCUUGCUAGAUUGAUUUUUCAUGGGACUCUCCUUGUUUGCUUAUUAACAGAACCUGUCUGAGAAAUUAAAAAACCACCUCUCCCACUUCCUCCUAGCUCCACCAACUACCACCGUCACCUCCACCACGCUCUUCCUUCUCCGGUAAGAUCUAUUGUGUCUCUGUUAGUUAAUCUUUUCAAUAGAAUUCUCCACCUUUUUAUUUAGGAGCACAUCACAUAAGAAUUUGGUAUUAUAUAUGUACACACACACAUAUCGGUCUCCGUUGAUGCUUUUUGAAGGUUCUAUCUUGUGAAAGAGUCGAUAGUGAUGAAAUUUGGCUUUGAGAUACCACAUCGCAUGCACUAAACAAAGGCAGGGAAAAAAAAGGAAUUGAUUGAUGGCUGGUGAGAUGUGUGAAGACAAAUCGAGGGAGAUGGUAUCAUCGUCAGCUGGAUUCUGUUACUCCGAGGUAUCGACGGGCAACCCGGCGAUCCAAACCCAUCUGGGGAAUCAGAUCCAAGGGUUUGAGUCCGACCCGGCGGACAUGUUCAACCUCACCACAAGCAUGGACAUGAUUGGCUUCUCCAAGAAUCUUCAUCAUCACCAACAAAGUGAAAGUAUCGUGUGGAAAAGCUUUCCGGGUAAACCCACCCACCCCAAUCCGGGUCCUUCUUCUUCUUCCAAGACGGCCAUGAACAAUGAGUCUGGUUCCACCAAUUUCUAUCAGUACACUACGAAACCAGAUUUCACAUCCAACGACAAUCUGAUUAUUGGAGGAGCUCAUCAUCAUCAUCAUGAUUCUUCGUCUACCACUUGGCAAGAUAACAGGUUACUUGUUGAUGAUUCUUCUUUAAGGUGUGUGUUCCCUUGUGAAGGAAACGAAAGGCCAAGUCAGGGCCUUUCGCUCUCUCUCAGUUCCAAUAAUCCCUUAAGCAUUGGGUUACAAUCUUUUGAACUGAGACAGACCAACAACCACCCUCAUCAUCAUCACCAGAACCAACCAGACUUUGUUUCUUCAACAAGUGGAGACAAGUUAUUGUUGGGAAAAUCAAUGAAUCCUCAACACCAACAGCAAGAAGAUGAAGCUGGUGGGAACCUGUAUCAAGGCCAUUUUCUUCUCAAGAACUCUAGGUAUUUGGUCGCUGCACAAGAACUUCUCAACGAGUUUUGCAGUCUGGGAAUGAAGCAAGGUGACAUGGUGAAGCAAAAGUCAUCAAGUCACAAAAGCAAGCAGUGGGAAGAUGAUAAUGGAAUCGGUCUCUGCAAGAAACAUCCCGUUGGCUCUCUAGAAUUUAUCGAAUUGCAGAAGAGAAAGACCAAACUACUCUCCAUGCUGGAAGAGGUUGAGAGGAGAUACAGGCACUACUGCAACCAAAUGAAGGCGGUGGUGUCGUCUUUCGAGGAGGUGGCCGGGACCGGAGCGGCGAGGGUUUACUCGGCGUUGGCAUUGAAGGCGAUGUCGAGGCAUUUCAGGUGUUUGAAAGAUGGGAUAUUGAGUCAGAUAGAAGUAGCAAGAAGAGGCAUGGGAGAGAAAGAUCCAGUUGCACCAGGAACUACAAAAGGCGAAACACCAAGACUCAGAAUCAUAGACCAAGCACUGAGACAACAGAGAGCUUUCCAGCAAAUGAGCAUGAUGGAGAGUCAUCCAUGGCGACCCCAGAGAGGCCUUCCCGAACGAUCUGUAUCAGUUCUUCGAGCUUGGCUUUUCGAGCAUUUUCUUCAUCCGUACCCAAGCGAUAUGGAUAAACAUAUCUUAGCUCGCCAAACUGGUCUCUCAAGAAGCCAGGUAUCAAACUGGUUUAUUAAUGCAAGAGUGAGGCUGUGGAAGCCAAUGGUAGAAGAGAUGUACUUGGAGGAAAUGAAGGAGCAUGAAAACAACAUGGCCUCUUCUGAGGGAGUCAGUGAUCCCGGCGUCGAUGACAACAACAUGUUGGCUGUUGCCACCAGCGGCCGGAACCUCGACAAUCCACCUCCCACGUCACGGAUGCCGGAAGAUCAGAAGCCACUCCGGAACAACCACCGGUUGCUCCGAAUAGAUUCCGAGUGUGUGUCUUCUAUCAUAAACAACCAUCCACCAGCUGAUCAUCACAAGAACGAGUCCUCCACCAAGAACAACAGCGAUCCCCAAGAUCAACACUGUAAUAACAACACAUUUGGAUCCGUGGAGCUUGAUUUUUCAUCUUACAACACUCAUCAUCACCACUCAGCUGCUGGCAUUGUUUCUUACAGUAAUGAGAAUAAUAACAGUGGUGGAGGCGUGUCGUUGACGCUAGGGUUACAGCAACACGGCGAAGCUGGGGUUAGUCUGGCGUUUCCGCCACCGUCUCAGUUGUCACUAUUCUAUCCAAGAGAUCAAAUGGAAGAUUGUCAACCUGUUCAGUACUCACUCUUGGACGGCGAAGCACAAAACCUUCCUUACAGAAAUUUAAUGGGUGCACAGUUGCUUCAUGACUUGGCAGGAUAGAUGCGAACUCAGUACGUACUUUAAUUAGAUAGGUACUAUAUAUAUAUAUAUAUAUAGUUAUAUAUACACACACAGUUCUUAAGAAUCCUUUACAUUAUUGAGGCUGCAUAUAUAGUUUGAUCUUUUGAACCAUAUGUGUAUUAUAUAUCAGGGCUCGUCUGAUUUGGAAUUGCCAUUGGAAUUCUCAAGUGAUUGGUGAUGCAAAGAUUAUUAUAUACGUAUUUCCUUGAUGCUCUCUUGUUUAUAUAUACAAGAGUGAAUUGAAAUUUAUGUUUUUAA